AUGGCUACUUCUUUAUCUUCCGGGCCCUCAGGUGACGCGAUGGAGAUGAGGGUUCAACCACAGAAGGACGAGUCCGACGUCAGCGUUGCGAGUGUCGUUGUCGACUCCGAGUCUAACGACUCUGACGUGUUCAAAUCUACGCCUGCUGAUGCGGCCAACAUGCGGCGGAUGGGAAAGGAUCAACAACUCGUCCGGCGCUUUCGAGUCCUAUCUACGACCCCAUUUGUUGCUGUUGCUACAGGCGCAUGGGAAUAUACUGUCUUCAACCUCACCUCAGGCCUCACCAACGGUGGUCCCCCCAUACUGAUCUAUUCGAUGAUUUGGAACUUCGUUGGCUUCGCACCUAUUUACCUAAGCAUGGCCGAAAUGGCCAGCAUGGCACCUAUCGCUGGAGCUCAGUAUCAUUGGGCGGGAAAUGCCCAAGGCGUUUUCCUCAUUGGCAUUAUCGUUCAGAUUAUCAUCUCCCUCCACCAUCCGCUCUAUGCAUUUACUCGGUGGCAUACUACACUCCUUGCCAUGAUGGCGGUUUGUAUCGCUUAUAUCGCAAACGUCUGGGGCGCUAAAUAUCUGCAUCUCUGGCAGAAUGUGGUCUUCAUUCUCCACAUUUUGGUCUAUCUUGCAUUUAUCAUCCCGAUCUGGGUGAAUGCGCCACGAGCCUCAUCCAGCCAGGUUUGGACUGAGUUCACAUUCUCAGGUGGCUGGCCCAGUAUAGGAUUAGCAGUGCUCGUUGGCUGCACACGUGUCAGAAGAGGUCAAGAACGCUUCAAAAGCGAUCCCAAGAGCGAUGAUCUGCAUCUGGGUCAUCAACUCUUUGCUGGCAUUCACAUCUUUUAUCACCGUUGCCUAUCAUCUCCAAAUCUUGACGAAGCGCUGGCCGACCCGACAUCAUAUCCUAUCAUCCACGUCCUUCGACAGUCAAUGUCUAACAAUUGGAUAACCGUCAUUCUUACAUUUACUCUCUUCCUAGUGGUCUGCUCCAACAUCGUGUACCUUGUGGCAGUUACUCGAGAUAUCUGGGCCUUCGCUCGAGACCAAGGCUUCCCCUUCUCAAGCUGGAUUUCAAAGGUUGAAGAAAAGCGACAUAUUCCCAGGAACGCCAUCAUCGUUACCAGUGCUACCAGCUUCUGCCUCAGCUUGAUCGCCAUUGGAAGCCCCGUCGCCUUCUAUGCUAUGGCUUCUCUUUUCACUGUGGCCCUUCUCCAGUGCUAUUGCCUUAGUAUUGGUUGCAUCCUGUGGCGCCGGAUCGCUUGUCCUGAAACGCUACCACCGGCCACAUUCUCUUUGGGCAAGUUCGGCGUCCCUAUCAAUAUCGCGGGGGUUUGUUACGCCCUAUGGGCUUUCUUCUGGGCAUUCUGGCCAAUGUACAAUCCUGUUGUACCGGAAACCUUCAAUUGGGCCUCAGUCGUUUUCACCGCCACCUUGAUCGGUGCUGGGGUGCACUUUAUGUUGGUGGCCCGUCGCAACUACUUUGGUCCAGUGACCCAUGUCCAGGGCAGGAAGGUGCAACAUAGGUGGACAGGAGGCGGGUGA